GCUGAGACGUCCCCGGGCGCUGCGACCACCACGAGCACUGCAGCGGAAGAACCCAGGAGAAUCCUCGGCUCCAGCGUGGUCACGUCCGUGUCCGUCCUCGCCGACCCAGCCAGCACGGCCAGCAACGCCAGCACGGUCAGCACGUCCAGCACGGCCAGCAUGGCCACCACCGCCACCAGGACGUACGCCGCCGAGGCGCCGGCCAGGGCGCAGCAGGGCGUCAAGAAGCGGCCGCAGAAGCCGCAGUCCCCGCAGGCGGCCCAGGCAGCCACCGUGGGCAGCCCCGCCGGACUCAUGUCGCCCGACAGGUACGAGUUCUACACGUUCGACGAGACAGGCGACCUGGUGCGUCGCCACAUGACGCUCGACGAGAUCAAGAGCCUGCUGGCGGGCGGCGACGGCGACCUGGGCGACACGCCCAUCGCCACGUUCUACCACGGCCCCGUGCCCGCCCCCGCCACCAUGCACGCGCCGGUGCAGCCCAACCACCACGGCGUCAUGGCCGGCCUGGAGGACCCGGAGGACGCGCUGGAGGACGCCGUCAAGGGCGUGCAGGACGUGGUCAACAACGUGCAGAACGUGCUCAAGAGCCAGCUGGCGGCCAGCAAGAACAAGCUGCCCGCGUACAUCCGGCCGCCGCCCGGCUCCGGCGCGCCGUCCCCGAGCGAGGCCGCCGCCACGUGGGGCAUGAUCCUGCCCGGCAUCAUGGACGGCGGGCUGCCGCCCAGGCCCGCCAGCAGGCCGUCAAGCAGGCCCACCGCCACAACGUCGACCCCAGCGCCCACCACGCCGCCCACCACGUCCCCCACCAUUAGGCCGGCGGCGCAGACCGCCACCAAGGGACCCACCAGCAAGCCGUCCAUCCACACCACCCUGGCCAAGAAGCCCGCCAAGAAGCCUGCCACCACGGCGGCUCCAGCGGCCUCCAAGGAGGAGCCGGUGAGGUUCACUCCGCCGCCGAACGGGCCCACCACCACGGAGCAGGACGUCGUGGACACAUUGUACACCCUGGUCAGCUCGUCACCCACCGGCGGGCUCAAGCACACCGCGUCCAACAACGCGACGUCCCAGCGGCCGACGCGCCCCACGCGCCCCACCACGCCCAACCGCGCCAAGCCCACCAAGAACCCCAACAAGACGGCCGCCAAGCCCACCGCCUCCAAGCCUGUCCCGACCAAGGCCGGCACCCGGCCCCCCAAGCCCUCGGCCUUCACGAAGACCACCGCCAGGCCCUUCAAGCCGGCCCUGCAAGAGGCCGUGCAGCAGCGGCACCCGGCAGUCACGCAGCAGCAGGCGGAGUCCAUGGUACAGAUCGUGACGAUCCAGCGGCCCGCCACCACCACCACCACCAUGGCGCCCUUCGUCACCUUCAUCCCCACGGAGGUGCCGGCCACCACGCCAUCACCCACGCCGCCACCACCGUCCCGCCGCCCGCCCGCCAUCAGCUACACGUACAGGGUGACCUCGACGGAAACCCCCGCGCCCACCGAGACCGUCUCUUCGGCGGACUUGGACAUGGACAGCAGGACGACGGACGACGAGGAGGACGCGUCAACCACUACGGCCUCGGCCACGAGCUCGCCCAGCAGCACGGUGGCGUCGUCCGGGACGUCGGCCUCCAGGUGGGGCUCGACGACCUCCUCCGGGACCUCGGCUUCCAGCGCGGCCUCCACCACAGCCACCUUCGGGACAUCGGCCCUGACGUCCGUGUCUACGGCGCUGCCAGUGACGGUGUCAACCGCAGUGCCGACGACCUUGCCCACUGCCUUGCCCACGUCCUUGCCUACAGCCUUGCCCACGUCCUUGCCCACGUCCUUGCCUACGUCCUUGCCUACGGCAUUGCCUACGGCAUUACCUACGGCAUUGCCUACGUCUUUGCCUACCUCUUUGCCUACGGCCUUGCCCACGUCUUUGCAUCCGGCCUUGCCCACGGCUUUGCCCACGGUUUGGACCACUUCACCCGCAAGGACUACAACUGGGCAGCCUCCAACGAAAAUCACAACCAUGUUGACCACCAUGGACGACGAGGACACGUCCGCAACGUCGGCGGACUUGAGCACAACGGACGCAGCCCCGGCGCCACCCCCAGCGCCAGCACCGGCCCCGGCGCCAGCGCCGCAAGCAGUGUCGGCGCCAGUAAGGUACACCGAGAUGCUGACCCGCGUCCCGGCCUCGGCCCUGGUGACGAAACGCGUCCCGGAGGACGAAGAGCAGGCCUCCACCGCGGCCAGCACCUUCCCGACGACGGAGCGCGCCACGGACGCGGUGGAAGAGGCGGAAACCUUGACGACGACGUCCAGCAGGCCGGUGGAGGCCGUGACGGCCUCGGACGAGGCGAACGAGGCCUCCGAGGAGAGCAGCAGCACGGAACAAGUGUCCAGCGAAAGUGCCGAGGCCGAAGGGGCCGAGGCCACCACCAAGCUGUACCUCAAGAUCUCGAGCUCGGAGACGGGCAUGCUGUACUCGACGGCCAGCACGACGGAGGCCGCCGAGGCAGAGGCCGUGACCUCGACGACGGAGGCUGAGACCCGGCCGUCGGCCACCUCGUGGGAGACGGUGACGGACCAGUCGGCUGCCAGCACCGAACAGCGAGCCACGACGGUGUCCGUCCGCGACGCCGUCACGGCCUCGGCCUCCAGCGAGGAGCCGGAGUCGAGGACAGAGUCCGCGGAGCUGGACACAACCUCGGCAGACUCGCUGAGCACGACGCCGUCCUCGGCAGCUCCCACGGUGACACCAACCUCCACGGAGACGGCCUCGACCACCACGAGUCAGACCAGACCCACGUCCACUGCCUCUUCGCCCGAAUCACCCACCGCCGAGCUCAGCCUGGAGAGCAGCAACAUCCAGACCAGCAAAGUGAACGCGCCUGCGUCCAGCCUGUCCAGCCUCAGGCUGGCCUCCACCACGACCUCGGCCCCCGUCGACGUGGACGCCAACAAGGUGGACGUGGAGACAGCCAGCAGCUCGGCGCCGCUGUCGCAGCCCUUGUGGACGCGCGUGCCCGUGGUCAGCUCGGCGGAGGAGGCCUCGGCCUCGGCCGUGGCCGACGAGGCCGUGAAGCACGUCGGCGUGUACCACUCGCCGUCCGCCGUCGAGCUGCACGCCGCGCCGCACGAGCACUUGGGCCUGGAGGCCGCCACCGCCAACCUGGACCCGGACGUCAAGAGCUUCGUCAGCCUCUGCAACGACCUGGCCUUCCAGAUGUGGAUGGCGGUGAAGGAGAAAUCCGCCAGCACCACGACGCGCAGCCUGGUCAUGUCCCCGUUCGCCGCCACGUCCACGCUCGCCAUGGUGUUCCUGGGCGCGCGCGGCCCCACGUCCGGCCAGAUGAACGACGUGCUGCGCCUGGACGACAUGGUGUCCUUCAACCCCCACCAGGUGCUGUGGAACGUCACCGAGUCCCUCGUCCACGCCAAGAACGCCGGCGUCGCCACGGCGGCCCUGGUCCGCGAGCUGUACAGCGACAAGAAUAAAGGCAAGCUCCUGGAGUUCUACAAGGAGCGCGCCACGCAGUUCUACGACGGCCACGUCGAGGAGAUCACCUUCCGCAACAGCGGCGACCUGGUGCGGCGCAAGACCAACCUCCUCGUGAAGCGGCAGACGCGCGGCCGCGUGCAGGAGUACAUGCGCGGCGCCAGCCUCUCCCUGCGGCCGCCACUGGCCGCCUUCGGGGCCAACAUCUUCGAGACGGACUGCACCGGCGCGUCCACGGAGGGCCGCGACGGCGAGAUGCACUUCGUGGUGGUGCCGUCGAGCCGGCAGCGCCGCCUGGUCCCCGUCCCCGCCGUCGUGUGGCGCUCCGGCUUCCUGGCGGGCUACGACCCCGCCCUGGACGCCACCGCCGUGGCCCUGGGCGCCGCCGAAGCCCCGUUCAGCACGGUGCUGGUGCUGCCCGGCCAGCAGGGCCACGUCGCCCCCGGGGACGGCCUGUCGCGCCUGGAGCAGCGCCUGCUGGAGUCCAGGGGGCCCGGCGCGCGGUGGGCGCGGCUGCUGCGCACGCUGCUGCCCAGGCCGGGCCUCGAACUGCAGAUUCCCCGCUUCAGCCACCGCUCCGUGCUCAACAUGAGCGAGGCCCUGCAGCGCAUGGGCUUGGACGAGCUGUUCUCCUCGGAGCACGCCGACCUGCGCGGACUCAACGGGGUGGCCAACGACUUGCACCUGUCCGACGUGGUCCAGCUCAACACGUUCAGCACGUGCGGCGAGCGGGCGGUGGACUCGCGGCACCACGUCGAGUUCUUCCCCACGUCCCCGUUGGCGUCGCCGGGGCGGCGCGCGGCCCGCGGACGCCGGCUGCGGCCCCGAGUGUCCGAGAGCGACGACCCCAGCAUCGAGCUGCACCCGGACAACGUCGGCAAGGACAGGGACUCCUACUACGCGCGGCUGGGCGACGCGCUGGAGGCGGCGGAGGCGCGCGGCUCGACGGGCCUCACGUCGUCCGAGGAGGUCUCCGCGUCCGAGGACGGCUCGUCGUCGGCGACCUCGGCCAGCAGCUCGGCCAGCAGGGAGUCGAGGACGUUCCAGCGCAUCGCGGACUUCGAGGACCCCGACCUGAUGAAGGUGCCGCUGGCGCUGCGGCCGCGGCAGGCCCGCAUCCCGGAGGCGGCCCGGCUGCGCUUCGACCGGCCCUUCCUGUUCUUCGUGAGGCACAACCCCACCGGGGUGCUGCUGCACAUGGGCAGGUUCAACCCCCGGCUGCUGCCGUAACGAACCUCGCUCCCCGAGAGGGGGUGAGGUGGGCAGCAGCGGCUGUGCAUUCCUCGGCGUCACCCUGGGACUUCCCUGCGAUCUCGCCUGAGAGCCAUGCGUCGAGCAGAGAUCUGAAAAGUUGUAGAGGCGGUUCGCACGGCAGACACAAAAGUCUCAAGAAACGUGAUUGUCCUUUUUUUUUUUGUUUUAUGUCUUAUCUUGUCCCGCGCCAACUUGACUAGUUCGACAAAGGGACGUCUUUGUCUUGAUCAUUUUGAUGCUGCCGUGCAUUUUCCCGCAUGAGACUGUCGCGAAUAAAGCUCUUUUUUUAGGUUUUUUUUUACGCAGACGUAGCCAGUUUUGCGCUAUGCAUACUUUUGAACUGUGAUUACCCACGUCCUCAUCGCUUGAGGCUACGUCUUUUGUCUCGGUGCUUGCGUGCACCGGUUCCUAUGUACAAAAAAAAUUAAGAUAAAUCUUAAAUGAGAGCGGAUGAUACAAAAUUUCGAAGGUUCUACUUUUGAUUCUCCGAACCUCUGUCGUCAUGUUUUUGUGUCCAAAGAUUUAAAUCGUUAAUACGCCAGAAAUGGACGAACUUUCUUUACUUUUUUACUCAGGUAGGAUUUCGUUCGGCACAAAAUUUUGGUUCUUCUGCGGCAAGUAACUCGGUUCCCUUCGCUGCCAGCCAGACAUUCGUACUCUGCCACUCCUUUUCCCUUAUGCUAAUGGAUGCGCGCUGUGUUUCUGGAUUAGAACGAGUUAAGGCCUUUUGACACUUCAAAGUGUCUCAGUGUAAAUCUUUGGAUGGUUUUGGUAUCAUCUGCUAAAAAAAUUCUCCACCUUAUUGUGGUUGUGGUUAGAUUUUGAUCGAUUUUGUUCGAGACACGGCAAGUCGCACGGUUUUGCCACCAUGUAACUUAGAGGGCUUUAAUGCGCUUCGAAGAAAGUACCAGAGUCGCAUCAUCUGCGUCUGCUUGGCUCUCAUCUCUUAUUCUUCUAAAAGAUAGGACAAGCACUUGUGUCUAGAACGAAAUUCUGUAUCAAAUAGGUAUUUCUUGGUAUUCGACGGUGACCAAAAUGGAACAAAUAACUUAUGGUCUAAAUUGUUAUUUUAAUUAUAUUGCUAUCGUUAUCUCUCAAGUGUAAUUAAUUUUUAUGUUGAGUUUAAUUGUAAGAGACCACUCUCGCGGUCGCCACUUUUUAAAAUAAUAUUGUAUAGUUGACGAUUUUUGAACCAAAGGAACAGCGCAACCAUUAAGAUUAUGUGGAUUGUGAAACGUAUGGAUUUUUUGUGUAGUGCUUUUUAUUUCUACUUCCAUGAUAUUCAUGAUUUUGUAUUGUAUAUACUGCUGUAGCACUUAUACUACUUGAUGAAAAAGAGAAAAUAUAUAGAACGAGAAUGGAACGUGGACUGUUCCAUCACCCUCCUGCCCCUUGCAGACACCAUGUUUUUAACGUUUUGGGCCAAAAAUUUAAAAUGGCCCAAAUUGGCAUAUGUAGUGCUCCUCAUGACUCCCUUAUGAAUCUUGACGCUAUUUCGAGGACCACUUCGACCCUAAACAGUCUUUAUAUAGCGUAAAACUGGAAUGAUUUGAGCCGUGCGCCAAUCAGGUAGGCAACCCAUCGUGCACAACCUGUUCGCCGCACGAGAGCUGUUUUAGCGUCACGGGAAGAAUCGUUUUUUUUUGUCGCCAUUGUUACGUCGUGCCGGGAAGGUAGAUCCAGCAUGCCCGACGUCUGCUGUCCUCUGCAGUACGGCAGGACCAUGGAGCCGAAGGGGAGCCCGGACUCCGUGAAGGAUCUUCAACUUUGAGUCAGAAUAAAA